GAGGAACCGGAAGAGGAACCAGCAGUCGCAGCAUCAGAAGCAGCAGCAGCUCCACCAUCAGAGCCGCUAACGUCCUCCCAGCGCCCACUGGCUUUUUAGGACUCGAACCCAUACCAGAGAAACAUCUUCGUGUCUGACAGACGUGACCGGUACUCCUCCCCCGCACGUGACGACCAUGGCUGUGAACGUGUACUCCACCUCAGUGACCAGCGACAACCUGAGUCGCCAUGACAUGCUGGUUUGGAUCAAUGAGUCUCUACAGAUGAACCUCACCAAGAUCGAGAUGCUGUGCACAGGUGGAGCCUACUGCCAGUUCAUGGACAUGCUGUUCCCCAACUCGGUGCCUCUGAAGAAGGUGAAGUUCGGUGCCAAGCUGGAACACGAAUACAUCCACAACUACAAGCUUCUGCAGGUCUCCUUCAAAAAGAUGGGAGUUGACAAAAUCAUUCCAGUGGACAAACUGGUGAAGGGGAAGUUUCAGGACAACUUUGAGUUCGUCCAGUGGUUUAAAAAGUUCUUUGAUGCCAACUACGAUGGGAAGGAAUACGAUCCAGUGGAGGCCAGGCAGGGCCAGGACGCCGUGUCCUCCUCCAACGCCGCCACGUCAGCCUUCAACAAACCCCCGAAGAAGGCCUUGAAUCCAGCUCCUCAGAGGCCACCCGUAGCCAAGGUGGCGCCUAAGCUGGCUCCGGUGAGCGUGAGGAAGACGGCGAUGGGCGGAGGCGAUGAAGAGAGGACGGAGCUCCUGAACGAGCUGGAGAUCCUGAGAUCCACCUACUCGGACAUGGAGAAGGAGAGAGACUUUUAUUUUGGAAAGCUGCGGAACAUUGAGCUGAUCUGUCAGGAGAAGGAAGGCGAGAGCGACCCGACCCUGCAGAGGAUCAUCGACAUCCUCUACGCCACAGACGAUGGCUUUGUGAUACCUGAUGCUGAGGAGUCAGAGGAGCCAGAGGAGUUUUAAAGCUCCAGACUACAAGCAGCUUGUCUCUGACGCCCUGGUCUACAAACGAGAUCCUUCCUCACGCCCUGUUUGGUUUUUAUAUCCGACACCAAACCUGAUCUGGAUUUGUGGCCCCUCAUCUUCGCCACCUUCCUCUGUCCUGAACCUGACUCCCAACCUGCCGGACUUCUUCCUCACAGCUCCACCCUUCUUCCACCAAAGGUCUCUGACCAGUUAUCAACAAUCGAGCCUCGGUCACUGCCACUGCUCUCCACACAGCUGCCCCCCCCCCCCCCCCCCCCCCCCCCCGCCUGGAAUCCCAACCGUCCCCAAACCAGAUAGUGAUUUACAUAUCUGGCUUUAGAAAUGGAAGUCCAUGUGAUAAACACAGUGAUGUUCUGUGUGCGUGUGUUAAAACAUUUGAAACAAAUCAAACCUGACUAACUUCUGAAGACCCGGCUGUCGAGUCCCAGACGUCCCCCCCGAGUCUCCUCGUCAUGCAGUUUAUUAAUUUGGAAAAUAAUGAGGGGGAAAAACCACCUUCCCCAACGGAGGCUGAGUUUAAUAUCAAUCGUAGCAUCUUUCCAGCUGGUGGUGAUUACCGGCGUCCAGUAUCAUUUGAUGAGCAGUUUGCAGAAAGUUAAACACAGAAGAUGUGAAGGAAUCGAACCUGUGACCAGGCAGCAGGCGGGUUCUUCUCUCGGCCUUUUUUCCACCUGUGAUGAAUUUUCUCCGUGUUGAUUUUGUCGUGUUCAGUUUCAAAUGAGCUUUUGUAAAUUGAUACUCGUGUUUAACCCCCCCCCCCCCCCCCCGGCCUGGCAGAGUUCAGUUCUUUGGAGCUGCUGUUUCCUCGCAGCAGCUCGUGUUUGUGCCGCUCACCCGCUCCCACUUCACCUUUCACGCUUUGAACCGUGUGAUUCUUUCUACCAGGAAAGUGGCUUACUCCUCCGGGCGACCCUAAAGAGGAGUCCGAAGCUUUGCAGGCGGUGGCCUUCGAUCAACACGCCAAUGUUUAGUAAGAAAGUGCUAAAAUAAAGUUAGAGACUGCAUGAUUGUUUUCAUAUGUUUUUGUCUUUUUGGAAAAGUCUGUUUUAAGGAAAAUGCACUGUUUGAUACCAGUGGCCUUUGAUCAGCCCCUAGCCAAUAACACAAAUCUGACUGGCUCCGCCCGGACGAUGGAUCCAGAGCAGCCCCCUGACGAACACUGUGAGCUCGGACUGCGGCUGCUCCUCUAGCCGCUCGCCUCUCCAGGUCCAUCACUGCAACUUCAAAACAAAGUGUGAUGGAUCUGAACCUUCAACCUUCACGAUGCAGCGCUGAGGGCGUCCGCCUGUGUUUUCUACUUCCACACCCUGAUUCGUUUUUUUAUUGAUAUUGUUUAUUGUGGAUCUGAUUUGAGACCAGUUUUUGUAACAUAAUUUCUGACAAGUUUGUAUCUGAUUAGAAACGAACAAGAGUUGAUUUCACGCAAACAGUAAAACACACAACUUUAUCUUAAUGGCCUUAUUCAUAAAGACUUUUUUCCAAAAGUAAAUAUUCUUCAUAACUUUUUUUUCCUUUCACUUUUCUGUGUCUGCUGUUCUGGGUAAAUGUUUGUGCUGUUACAGUCGUGUUUUUAAAUGUGUUCUGAAAAUAAAGUAAGUUGGAGAAG